CUCGGGCCGCCCUCCACUCUUUUGUUUGAAGCACUAGCGCUGCGUGAAGGCGCAGUGAACGCGAGCUGCGCUAACCAUGGUGAUGUUGUGGCCGUAAAGCUAAGUCUUGUUGAUGAAGAUAUAAACGUGUUUUUGUCGCUGGUGUCUUUUUUUUUUUUUGCUAACACCGAUGUUAGCAACGAGCCUGUCCGUGUAAAUGCUCUUCACUAGAAUGGACCUGUUGAACUCUCAGUUCCUGGACAAGAUGAACAAUAACAUCGGGAGACUGCACUACGAAGAUGAGUCCAGGACACCCUCCCAGCCCAAGAUAACUGGUCCUCCUCCACACUGCCCAAGCAAACGGAAGUAUGGCGAAGAACAAAUGGACGACCGAAUCAACUGUGACGACGACCACAUUACCAAAAUGAGCAGAUUGUUUGCCACUCAGCUGGCCCGUCCCUCUGCUGGAGACAAUCGUAAUGAGCACUGGAGCCUCGGCCACACUCCCGUGGAGCACAUUACUUCCUCCCCCAACGGUCUCCAUGGGAACCACCUGUACGCUUCCAUUUCCAGCUAUGCUGUAGACCAGCCUCUGGCUCUGACCAAAAGCAGCCACGACAUUGUCGUCGGGCCCAGAGAGAGGUCCGUCAUUGGCGGGACUGCGGAGCGGCAGCAGAAUCGUCCCUCCGUUAUUACCUGUGCCCCAGCGAGCAACCGCAAUUGUAACCUCUCGCACUGCCACAUGAAUGGCUGUUCCCCCAGCCCGCCUGCUGAUCAGAUGAAGACCAAUGCUAACACAGAAUGCGAUCCUGUGAUUGAGGAGCACUUCCGUCGCAGCCUCGGCAAAAACUACAAAGAAGCGGAGGCCGUGUCCAACUCGGUGUCCAUCACGGGCUCGGUGGACGACCACUUUGCCAAGGCGCUGGGAGACGCCUGGCUCCAAAUCAAGGCUAAGGACGGGGGUCGUCAAACCCCCGAGGCAGAUCCAUGAAGCAGAGGGGAGUAAACAUUACAAUCAUUUCCCUUUUUAGAGUUUGCGGACGAGAGUGGAGAUUUGCCCGCGGUCAUUUCUUGCCAAGCAUUUACUUCCCCGAGCCAAGAACAAUGUAUUAUAUGGUGCUCACGCGGUGUUCCCCGCGAGGACCUCAAGGUCGUAUACAUACAGGUACAUACAUGGACAUUUGACUUCUGCACAUUACCCAUCCUAAGCAUUUUUAGGAGCAAUGCUUGAAAUUGGACGAAGAGAAAAAUAAAGUUUGCUGUAGCCGGGUUUUUUGACGACGUUAGUUGUGGAAACUGUACAAUCAGAGAUUUGAUCUUGCGAUGAUGAUGAUAAUGAGAUUCACAAAGUGUUCAGGAGCCUUCCACCUGCCUUGAUAGCCAAAGAAAUCCCCUGCCUUUUCACCAGCAGCAUGUAAGCCAGAGAUUUCUGGUCUGUAUUGUCUUUUCAUUCUUUAAAAACACACUUUUUUUUCUUCUUCUUUUUUUAACAUCUAUAUUACUUGAAAAAGACAACAGGGUCUCAUUUGCGGUCGCAGGUUACCUGUUUCAGUGGGAACAAAAUGUGUUUUGGAAAUUGUGACAAUGCAAUUAAGGCUCCCCCCUCCUAAAGACACUAGAAUAACGUGUUUUCUUUCUGAUCCUGAACUGGACUUAUCCACUGUUAACUGAAUAAUUUUAGUUUCCUGUCUAUAUGCUCACUGUGGCUGAUUACUUAGUAAACUAAUAUCAAUCAUAGUAGAUGUGUCUAACUAGAACGCAUGUUUCAAAUAGCUGGUUUCUAUUACAAACCGUAUUCUAUACUAUAUAUUUACUCAGAAUUUUAUUUUUUAUCUGUAACAUUUUUAGAAAAUACUCACUGCUGGUACAGUUGUACUCGAUAUAUUUUUUUGUAUCUGGUUUUCAUUACUAAUAUUGUAGGUGUGUAUACUUUUUUUUUAAAGCACCCGUCUACAAAUCACAGCCUCUGGAAAGGUUGUCUGAAUGCAGUUUUUAAAAGGCUGCGUCGCUUCUUAUCCUGUGGACCCGGAUGUUACAGCUUUCCACACGACUGAAUACGGACACAUCGGACCUUCGGUAGCGGUCUUAUCAGCGGCUUUUUUUUUUUAAUUUAUUCGGAACGCGUCGAUAAGUUUUCAUGUUGACUUUUUGGCAACAACAAAAAAAACGUGGUCUGACACCUAGAAAUCUCAACGCGGAUUUGUGUCCUUUUUCUUUUUUUGUAACGAGAACAACGGAGGAUUUUCUCCGUUGCUUCGAUGACGGAGCGUUUUUUUAAAUUUUUUUUUUUUUUAAACUAACAUUUUAAAUGCAUCUUAAAAACAUGGGUGUCCUUAUGUCACGAGCAGGCGACAACAUUCCACCACGAUUGUCUGACACUUUGUCGGUCACUUUCAGUUUAGUUUAGCAAGCACGACAAGUAUGUUUGUCCUUUUUCUUUUCUUAAAUCCAGGUGAUGUCAUGGUGUGAGCUGCCACAUUGUUCCUUUUUCGUUUAGGAGAAACGUGUUCGCGGAUUACAAAGUUCGAGUCUUGUUCACAUUAAUUUCUCACCCUUUUCUGUCGUCUUUUUUUUUUUUUUUUAUGGUAGCGUGACCUUAUUUGUCAACACUGAUUUAAGAUGUGGUAUUAUAAAUUCAGAUUUUCUUUUUGUAUGUCAAUUAACUGUCCACGAGAACCUACUUUUUUUUUUUUGUAUUAAUAUUCUCCAGUUUUAAAAAUUGUUACAUACGCCACCCUGUCUUUUUUUUUUUAAAUAUAUAUUUUACUCGUAUAAGACUAUCAUUGCGCCGCGCGGAAUGAUCAUAGAUAUUUUGUUUCUAUUCAGAAUAGUUUACUCGUAUGUAGCAUGGAUGCUCAUUAUCUUGGAAAACCAUGCUUUUUUUUUUCUUUUCUUUUAAAGAAAUCUUUCUUAAAGGUUGGUUAUUUUUUUUUCCCACAAUUCUCCGAUGAUGAAUAAGUGCAGGAACACGACGGUCUUUUGAUCAAAAUACUUCUGUGCUAACGGUUUAAAGAGUUUGUUUAGCUUAUUGUUUAGUGUGUACCAUAGUGGAAGUUUUAGGGAUUAUCAUGGAAUCUGCUUGUUUGACACAAGUAGAUUUGUCAGUAAUAUGUUUGGGGUAUUAGUCCAUUUGUUAUUUAAUUGCUAUAUUUAGACUACCUGUAUCUCAAAAGACGGUCACGGUCCUGCUUCAGGUGUCAUCCACGUAGAGAAGAAAAUUAAAAAGUAACACUUGUUCACUUUUUGUCCUUAUUUCUCUGGAAGAAAAUGCCACUGUUUUGUACUUAAUUUCUUCCAAAUAAACAAACAAAAGCCUA